GUUUCAGUCUGAAUGCGGAACAGCAGGUUUUUUAUUUGUAAAUUCCAAGUUUUACUAGAUAUGCUAGAUUAUAUAACGCGCUGUUGAACAAUUUCAAAGUAACGUAGAUAAAAUGCAUGGACGUCUGAAGGUAAAAACAACUGCUGAACAACAGGAAGCGAAGAGAAAAGAACGAGAAAAGAAACUAAAAAUAUAUAAUGCAGCAACAGCCACAGUUUUUGCCAAGAAAUCCAAGGGUGAAUACGAUGAAGAAGCAUUAUCAAUAACGGGGGAAAUCCUAGCAGCCAACUCAGACGUGUAUACUUUGUGGAACUACAGAAAGGAAAUCUUCCUCCAUUUUGUUGAGUCUAAAAACAAGGAAGAGUUGCAGAAGUUGUUCAACAAUGAGCUCUACUUCCUGGAGACAUGUUUGAAAGGCAACCCCAAGUCUUACGGGACGUGGAACCACCGGUGUUUCGUGAUGGACACAAUGCCCGAACCAGACUGGCAGCAUGAGCUGAUGCUGUGCAACAAGUUUCUCGAAUAUGACGAAAGAAACUUUCAUUGUUGGGACUAUCGUAGGUUUGUUGUGAAGAGGUCAAAGGUUACUCCGGAGGUCGAGCUAGAGUUCACCACUAACAAGAUCAGCAGUAAUUUCUCCAACUAUUCCUCGUGGCACUAUCGCAGCAAGUUACUUCCCCUGGUACAUCCAGAUCCACGCAAUCCCUCUCGUGUGAAGGAGGACGUUUUACUUGCUGAACAUGAAAUUGUCCAGAAUGCAUUUUUCACUGACCCUGAUGAUCAGAGUGCUUGGUUUUAUCACCGGUGGCUCUUAGGAAGAGGGGAGAAAACUCAGUCCAUCAGCCACUUGAUCGUGUCAAGACAAUCAGCAAGGGUUACUGUGUCAUUCACCAAGCAUAUACAGGUUGGUGUAAAACAUAAACUGGUGCUGGAAGUGAAUGGGUCAAAGGUCGAUGCCGAUUGGAAAAACCAGCAGGGAAAGAAUACUUUCUCCACAUUGUGGAUAUGUAACAGUGUAGAUCUUCCAGAAGAUCAGGAGGUCAAGGUUACUGUGUUGUUGGAUGAAUGUGAUUGCUCAAGAGAGAUCCUACUAAAACCUGGAUGUCCAGUUGGGGCCUAUGUUUGUCCAGUGGCUCGAACCAGCAUGUUCAGUGAUGAGAUGAGUACUGCCACAUCUGAUGUUCUUCAGGCAGAGUUAUCCUCCGUACAGGAACUCUUUCAACUGGAGCCAGAAAAUAAGUGGGCAAUAUUAACAAUAGUGCUGUUAAUGAGAGCCCUGGACAUGCAUAAACAUGAGGCAGAAACCAUGCAGCUAAUUGACCGACUACAGCAACUGGAUGGAACACGCAGGAAUUACUACCAAGACUUGAGGAGCAAAUACCAGGUAGAAAACAUUGUAGACAGGAUGGAGAUACAACAGACAAGUCUAGACCUUUCUUGGAAAGAGCUCUCAAUGAUGUGUCAUCACGAGUUGCUUCCCUUUAUUACAGAACUCAAUCUAGCAGGAAAUCAUAUCACCCACGUUAAGAAGUUCGAAUUCUUGCAGAAUUUAAAAAAACUUAAUCUUGAUGGCAACAAGAUUUCAGACGUGACACCACUGAGUUAUCUUCCCGAACUGACAGAUUUGUCAUUAAAAGAUAAUUCUUUAUCCAGCAAGGAGUCUGUCACACCUCUACAGUUGUGUUUGAAACUAAGAACUCUGUAUCUAGUGGGAAAUCCUGUCAGCAGAGAGACGAGCUACCCAAGAUGUUUACAAGAUGUUUUACCAUCUGUGGUAAUCGACAACAUUCCAAAUCAGUAGUGGCUCAGACCCCAGUUACUAGGCAGCCACAGAGUGAAUGUGUUUAUGUGUAACAGCUUUUUGUCAUUCAUUUACACAUUACUUUACAACUUCUUACAUAAAUGACCAGUGUUAGCAAAUCCAGUAGGUUUUUGGUUGUCCUGGGGCUGUUUGUUCAAACAUUAGUUAACUUGAUCCGUGGUUAACAGAAUUUUUUUAAACCAAGAACUAAAUCAAUACAAAUAAUACUUGAAGUUUAAAGUUUGUUUUGUUUAACGACACCACUAGAGCACAUUGAUUUAUUAAUCAUCAUUGGAUGUCAAACAUGUGGUAAUUUGAUAUAUAGUCUUAGAGAGAAAACCUGCUACAUUUUCCAUUAGUGACAAGGGAUCUUUUAUAUGCACUGUUGGACAGACAGGAUAGCACACCUAGUACCAUGACCAUUGUGGUCAGGGCCGGAUUUAGACCCUGGGAGGCCUGGGGCACUUCAGAUUUGGGGGUCCCUCAACAUAGGAAUUAAAUUACAUGACAAGUAAAAAAACUAACUAAUUUUAUAAUUAUUACAUUUUUUUAAUAAAGGAAGUCCUUAGUCUGGGAGGACCCUCUGGCAGGGGGGGGGGGGGCUGGGGCAAUUGCCCCCUUUGCCUCCUUAUAAAUCCGGCACUGGCUGGAACAAGAAAUAGCCCAACUAAGAGUGAUCGAUCCUAGAGCGACCAUGUGUCAAGCAAUCACUUUUCAACUGAGCUACGUCCCUGCCGCCCCCCCCCCCCCCCCCCCCC